AUGGCGAUACUAGAAAGAACCUUAGGUGUUAAGGAGCUAGUUUUGGAUCCUGUGAUCAUCUUAUGGGCUGCUGGUGGAAAUUGUGGGAAUGCUAGCUGGUGCAAGACUACUGACUACAUGCUGCUGAUGCGAAGUGGUAAUGGCGUGGGUAACGGGUUGGAUAAAAUAACGUCUGGAAUUAGUGUUGCGUUGCAUAGAACCACAAGGUUUGGUGGCAUUGAUUGGACAAAAUGGUAUGCGAGCAUGAGUUCUGGAGAGGAAUUGAUAGGCAGCAAUGGGACACCAGACCUCUAA